GGCCAGGAAACAACCUCUUUCAAUAUUCGGCGCUUUGAAGGACAUUUCUGGGAAAUCGAUAAUCAUCACAGACGCGUGAUUGAUUAUGUCUGUAGAUUUGGUUUAGGUGGAGUACUUUUCUGUGGUAAGGCUCUGGAUGUAGAUCAUGCGUUGAUCACAGCUUUGGUUGAGCGCUGGAGGCCAGAGACACAUACAUUCCAUCUUCCCGUAGGGGAAACUACCAUUACAUUACAAGACGUACAAGUAUUAUGGGCAUUACGUGUUGAUGGAGUACCCUUCACCGGAAAUGGGUUUUGUGAAUCUGGGUGGAGGGGUUUAUGUGAAGAGCUCUUGGGCUUCUAUCCCCUUCAAAGCGAGAUGAAGGAAAACGGUAUCUUGGCAUCCGCGCUAAUACAUAGGAUGGCGAUUGAACCGUUAGGAGAUGGUCUCGAAGACGAAGCCUACAUUCAACGGGCACGUAUGAUUGUGCUUGUGCUAUUGGGAGGGUUGAUCUUACCCGACGGCUCAGGGUGUAAGAUACCUCUCAUGUGGUUGACCCAACUUCGAGAUGUAGAGGCUGCCUCUAUGAUUAGUUGGGCGAGUGCUGCACUUGCUACAUUAUACCAUAAUCUGUGUGAGGCGUCUAUGGGCAAAAGGUCAGACAUUGGAGGUCCGACGGUGCUCCUACAGCUUUGGGUGUGGGAGAGAAUGCCCACUUUGAGACCGGAUUUUGUAGCGGCACGUAUACAUACAAACAACACUCCAUGUGCCUUAAUGUGGACUGGCUCCUAUAUGAUAAACAGAGCCCCCAAACAUUCGGUUCGACAUUAUCGUGAACAGUUGUCAUUACUCCAAAAUAACCAGUUUAUUUGGAUGCCCUACGUGGACCGUCAAUUGCCAGACUCCUGCCUCGAUAUGAACAACAGUUGGAGAUCUGUGACGUACAUUGUGUGUUGGGCUAUUGUAGAAGCACAUGAACCUGAACGCGUGGUUAGACAAUUUGGAGGCACGCCGUUCAUCCCGGAAUUGCGUGAUUGGGGUUUCAAUGAAACUCACUUCAAAACCAAUCGGCGUGGAAAGGCUAAGACGAACUGGGCUGUGCAGAACAAGGCCUACAUCCAAUAUUGGGAGAGAAGGUCUAAGUUCGUUACUAACGCUUACAUGGAGCCUCUUGCAGACCACAUGCAGGUGAUGAGGACUCGACAAUACAUGGAGUGGUAUUUUAAAAUUACCAUUACAUAUAUCACGCAGCCGGGUAGGCUUCCAGAAGUAGGGAUGAACACUGUUGCAUCAGCAUCUACAGUCCAGGUGUCUCUUUCCACACAUCAGCCUUCAUGGCAUUUAUAAUGCCUUGAUGUCUGUCACUUAUUAUGCACACUUCCUGGUCAUGCUUUAUAAUAUGCACUCUCACAAGAUUCAAAAACCAACUCCAACUCUCGUUUGUUUCUUCA